AUCUGCUAUGCAUAGCGACGUAUGAAAUGUUUUUCUUGCAUGUAAUAUUAAAUGAGAAUGUGGAUACUGGAAGUCAACAUUACUAAACAUUUGCUUGCAGCCCAGCUGUCUCAGAUUUCUCCCUGUGAGCUAAAAAUAUCUUCCAGUGUGGCUCUGAUCUGUCGUCUUAUUGGAAGGAUCAUUAUUUUAUUAGCAUUACCAUUCAUCAGCGUUAACAGUGAGUCAGCUGGCAGCGUUUGCAGCUUGGUUCAUUUAUUUAUUGGGCUCCAGGGUGCACAGAGCGCUUUGGGAUCUGGAAACAACAAACAUGUUUGGCAGCCAGCUUUUGUGUGGCUUUCCGGUUCAUGCAAAGCUGCUUUUUAUCUGGAGGACACUAAUCAUCUGAUCAAUCAUUAAUCAUAUUUGAAAAGGGAGACUAUGUACAUUAAUCAGCAUUUAAAUAAAUGUAAACAUCCCAGAGUUAGCCUUAAGGAGGCCCUCAUUUGUUUUAGCAGAUUUUACAGUUGGGUAGUGCCUCUUUGUGAAGGUAUUUUUCAUGUGUUUUCUGUCCUAAUCUUCCUUGAUCCUCUUCUUAGCUGCUCAUUACACAGCUUUAGUCAUUUUCAGGAGUGGCACAGUUGGUUUUCAUAUUCAACAAGAAGUGAAAAUGAGCAGUCUGAGCUAAAAUGGAGCCUAUUAACUGAUAUCACUGUCUAUUUUCUACAUCCACUGUAUUUAUCUCACUAUUAGGUGAUCAGAAAAUCAGACCUGUAUUUCUUUUUUGUAACGUAUAUGGUGUGAUUGGUGAACACAGUGAGCUGUUGACGUCCUGUUACUUCCUCUGUGGGGAUUCCCUGACGUCCAGAUCUAUCCUGUGAGUCCUGUCAACAUGACCAGCGGCUGCCCUCAGAAUAACUCUGCCUCAGCUAUAUGUAGCCUCAGUUAAUCCUUAAGACGAGUGCUGCUGAUGUCUCUAGUGAAAGUCCUGCACCGAGGCUCAGACGAUCUGGAGAUUUACUACUACACAGGUCACCUCCACCAUUGCAGCGAUGCAUCCUCUGACACUUCAGCUCAUCCACUGCUGCUGUGAGUAAAUCACAGCCGUCCACCAUGAGCGCCGAUGCUGUCUUCAGGCCGGAGCUGGACUCAGAGCAUCACGGCGAGCUGGCGGACUUGGUGGCGGCCAUUCAUGUCACCGCCAACCGCCUGACACCUCCUAAUGGCUACAGAUCAGGAGCCCCGAGGACCAGCAGCAACCAGAGAGAACGGCUGUCGGACAGGAAGCUGUCACUGCAGGAGAGAGGAAGUCGCAUCGCCAGACAGCCGACCAUCGAAACAAAACGUGUUUCCAUCACAGACGCUGAUGACAGUGUCCAGCUCAACCAGUACAAACUGAAGAAAGAGAUCGGAAAGGGUUCAUAUGGAGUGGUGAAAUUAGCCUACAAUGAAGAUUCUGAACAGUUCUAUGCAAUGAAAGUAGUUUCAAAGAAGAAGCUGAUGAGGCAGUGUGGAUUUCUGCGCCGCCUGCCUUCUCCGGGAUCGAACUCGCAGCAGGAUCCUUUUCCAAAAGCCGUGUUGCCCCUGGAGAAAGUGUACAAAGAGAUCGCCAUCCUCAAGAAGCUGGACCACCACAAUGUUGUUAAACUGGUGGAGGUGCUUGAUGAUCCUGAUGAAGACGGACUUCACAUGGCCUUCGAAUUGAUGACAAAAGGGCCGGUGAUGGAGGUGCCUACAGAAAACCCUCUAACAGAGGAGCAGGCUCGCUUUUACUUCAGAGACGUCGUGCUGGGAAUAGAGUACUUGCACUACCACAAGAUCAUCCACAGAGACAUCAAACCGUCCAACCUGCUGCUGGGUGACGACGGUCACGUCAAGAUCGCAGACUUUGGUGUGAGCAACGAGUUCGAGGGGACCGACGCCCUGCUGUCCAGCACCGCAGGGACUCCUGCCUUCAUGGCCCCUGAGAUGAUGACCGACCGAGAGCAGAGCUUCAGCGGAAAAGCUUUAGACGUGUGGGCGAUGGGAGUCACACUGUACUGUUUUGUCUUUGGGAUGUGCCCUUUUUAUGACGAGUACAUCGUUUCUCUGCACAACAAGAUCAAGAACAAGCCUGUGGAGUUUCCAGAGACGCCAUCAAUAAGUGAAGAACUGAAGGAGCUAAUUGAGAGGAUGCUGGAUAAAAACCCUGAAACAAGAAUCACCAUCCCUGAAAUUAAGCUCCAUCCGUGGGUGACGGAGAGCGGCUCGAGUCCUCUUCCUCUGGAGGAGGAGCACUGCACGGCGGUGGAGGUCACUGAGGAGGAGGUGCAGAACAGCAUCAAACGCAUCCCCAGCCUUUCCACCGUGAUCCUGGUGAAGUCCAUGCUAAGGAAGCGCUCCUUCAGUAAUCCCUUUGAGUGUCAUGGCCGGCGGGCCGAGAGGUCCAUGUCUGCCCCUGGAGGUCUCCUUACUGGUUCUUGGGGCUUAUUGGGGUCUUCGCCACUGCCUCAUCCUUCCUUGAGGAAAGUCAGCAACGAGGGGAGCAGAGAAGGAGAGUUAGAGGACUUGUAUGAAGACGAACCUUUAACAGAGUGUACUGAUUAAACUGACCCUUUUAGAGAGAUUAAAAAAAGCAGUCUGUAGAAAAGUAUGUUUUUGUACCCUUAUUCUGUCUUUUUCUCUCCUUAUUUUGCUUUUACUUAAUGCUUUCUGUGUUCACAUGCUGACAGAACUUUAGUGCAGAAGGCUGUGAUCAUUCUGUGAUAUAUUUGAUAUUAAAAAUAUAGAUUUGUAGCACUUGGAAAACACGGUGACCACAAAUCUGAUUAGAUUUCCUUCUGUCCAUUGUAAAGUCUGCAUUUUGAUGGCAUACAACAUUGAUGUAAAGUGAUUUAUUUAUCUAAAAAUGUAAAUAUGCUCCAAAAGAAGAUAUUUUUACAAUUUCCUACAGCUGUUGAACAUAAUAAAAGUUAUAUUUAAACAAUAA